AUGUCCCUACAAGAUUCGCAACCUCCUGCAAAGAAGAUGAAAUUUGCACCUGAAUGCCAGCCCACCCCUGCCCCAGAACCCCCACCCAUGCCUACAAACACUGUGACACCUGACCCCCCCAAUAUUUCUGCAUCUCCACCCAGCAUCAAUGAUUUGGCAAUGGCCUCGUCUAGCGCCUCUGCACUUGACAUUGUACAGGAGGAGCAGCCAGAGAAUCAAGCUGAUCAUCCCUCUCGAACGCAUCGCCUACCCUUAUGGUUCAGGGACAAACUUCCUGUCCUGCCACCUGCCAUUCCAGCACCAGCUUCGACGACUGUUGUGCACCGGGUGAUUCUUCAUGUAUUCGAUUCCUUUCACACAUCUCUCAAUCAAUUUGGAAUUGAUGCUUUUGUCUCCGUUGAGCAGCUAUCCAAUAUCAUGUCCGAUUUCCCUUCCCUUGAUGAACAGGAUUCGGCUGAUCAUUCCAGGAGCCCAGAAGUUUUUUCGCAGUCACCCCCUUGGCCAUGGAGAAGUAUGAGUAUCUGGUGCUUGAUGUCUUGGAAGAUGACCAGUAAUAGUGGUCUUACAUCUGAAUCUCAGUUAACUUGUCUUGUUCGCGAAGUGCUGAAGGCAAAGGAUUUCAGUCUCGAUGAUGUACCCGAUGAUUUCAAUGCUCACACCAAAAUGAGGUGCUUUGACGCCUCUGAAGCAAGGAUGCCAAUGCUACCAGAAUCUAUUGUAGGUUUCAUCGGCAAGUAUGUCAAGACGAAGAGCAUCAGCGACAUCCUCACACAUUGCAAACGGGAAUUGUUCCAUGCGCUUUGGCGCAUGCUAUUAGAUGAUGAGUUCCUAGAUGCGUAUAGGAAUGGGAUUGUGAUCAAAUGCCACAAUGGCAUGUCUCAACGAGUCUUUCCGAGGAUUUUUACUUAUUCAGCAGAUUACCCAGAGAAAGUCCUUAUUGCUACUAUUCGCAACAAAGGACUUGGCCUCAAAGCUGACAUAUCAGCACGCAUCAAGAGUGUGCGCUUAUACCUCAGAGAUAAGGUCUUUGCAGCAUGUGAGGCUUUAUACAAACUUGGUGCUCCGGUCAAAGGUGCUGCAGCCAAGUGUCUUCUGAAGGCGUUCUUAUUGGUGCCAACCUUGAAUACCUUCAAUGAGCGACUUGGAAAUCUAGGCCUUGAUUUCUUUCCUAUGCUUGUGGUUGAUCUCCUUCAUGAAUUUGAGCUUGGAGUGUUCAAAUAUGUCUUCAAGCAUCUUAUGAGGCUUCUAUAUGCCAUCAAUCAUGAAUCAGUUGCUUUACUGAAUGAACGUUUUCACUCAAUUUUGUCAUUUGGAAAGGGUGCCAUUCGAUGUUUCCCUUCAAACAUAUCCAAUGUAAAACAAAGAGCUGCGCGACAUUUCGAGGAUGUCUUACAGUGUGCGAUCCCUGCAUUCAAGGGUCUAUUCCUGGGCUCACACGAUGAAGUUGUCCGUAUUCUCCUCCUUCGUCUGGCUGAAUGGCACGCUCUUGCAAAGCUUCAAAUUCACACAGACGACUCCCUUGAUCUACUCAGUCGAGCUACUAGAUGUCUAGGACAGCAGCUUCGAAAAUUUCGGGAUUCCACAUGCUCAGCGUUUCGGACUAUGGAACUCCCCUGGGAAAUUGCUGCCCAUCAGAAGAAGAGUUCCAAUUCAGCAGGUGCAGGAACAGGUCCAUCUGGAGCGCGUCCCAAGGCUUUCAAUAUUCAAACUUACAAGUUACACACGCUCGGUGACUAUGUAAGCUCUAUCAAAAUGUUUGGAACCACUGACUCAUACACUACCCAAAUAGGAGAGCUCACACAUAGGCUUUUGAAAAGGUUCUACCAGAGUACAAAUAAACAAGACCCUUUGAAACAGCAUGGUCCCUCCGCUGCAAGACUGCCUGGAGAGGUCAAUGACUGGGCUUCGUUUUAUGUUAACAUAGACAUGUUUUGCCAUUUCGCAGGCAUAGGUGUUGGUCAUCAAGUUCAAUAUGACUCAUUGAAUAUCAUCCAACCUAACCACACAGUAGGGGGUGGAAGUACUAGUGUUGGUCACAAAGACGUUUCGGAUGACGAGGACCCUGAAGCCCAUGCCAAUGUUGACUUCAGAGAAGAAAGCUGGCAAUGCGAUAGAGAUGUAGAUGAUGAUGUCAGUGAGGAUGAUGCAGACAAAGAUGAGGAUAUUUCCGACGAUUGCGACAGUGAUGUAGAUGGUUCAGACUUUGGCAGCAACUCUGAGGAUGAGGGGUCUGCAUUCAAAUUUUAA